UAUCUAAAGUAAUACUGAUCAACAAUGGCUAAAAUACUCGCUCUUAUUGCAAUUUUCUUCCUUGUUUCGACUGCGGUUGCACAAACUCAUCAAAGGGGUCAACAACAGACUCAGCAACAAGUGAGGCAACAGGAGGCUCGUCAAUGUCGUAUUCAACAAUUAACUGCGAGUCAGCCAAACCAACGUAUUGAGUCCGAGGGAGGUGUCACCGAGUUGUGGAAUGAGUAUGAAGAUCAGUUCCAAUGUGCUGGUGUUGCUCCAAUGCGAGACGUCAUUCAGCCUAAUUCUCUCUCACUCCCCAACUUCUCUCCUUCUCCUCGCCUCGUCUACAUUCAACAAGGUCAAGGUCUGCUAGGAUUAUCACAGCCUGGGUGCGCUGAGACCUACCAUUCCAGCCAGCAGCCUGGAUUGAGAAGAGAGGGAAGUCAACAAGCAGGAAGACAAAGUGAACAGAGAGAUCAACAUCAGAAGGUACACAGAAUUCGCCAGGGUGACAUCGUUGCACUUCCAGCUGGUGUAGCUCAUUGGUGUUACAACGAUGGAAAUGAAGAACUUGUUGCUGUUUCGGUAACUGAUCUCAACAACAAUGCCAACCAGCUUGAACAAAAAUUAAGGUCAUUCUACCUUGCCGGUGGGCAAACACAGAGAUCAUCACUUCAAGGUUCACCACGCCAACAACAACAACAGAGGGAGACAUUCCAAAAUGUAUUCCGUGCAUUCGACGAGAACUUGAUGGCUGAGGCAUUUAACAUUCCUGUGGAAGUAGUAAGAAGGAUGCAACAAGAAGAUGAAAGAGGUUUGAUUGUUAGGGUCCGAGGUGAAGAAAUGAGGAUGAUUAGGCCCGAGGAAGAGCAAGAAUAUGAAUCAAGAAGGUACAAUGGUUUGGAAGAAACUUACUGCAACUUGAACAUCAGGCAAUACUUGGAUAACCCUAGAGAAGCCGAUAUUUACUCAAGACAAGCCGGAAGAAUCAACAUUGUUAACAGCCAAAAGCUUCAAAUCCUUAACUACAUGGACAUGAGUGCCGAGAAAGGAAACCUUUACCCGAAUGCAAUGCAUGCACCCCACUGGACCAUGAAUGCUCACAGCGUUUUCUACGUGACACGCGGUGACGCUCAUGUACAAGUUGUUGGUAGCAAUGGGCAAACCGUGCUUGAUAACAGAGUUAACCAGGGAGAACUCUUUGUUGUCCCGCAACACUUCGUUUCAACAAUUAGAGCUGGAAACAAUGGUUUCGAAUACGUAGCUUUUAAGACUUCUGGUCAGCCCAUGAAGAGUCCUUUAGUUGGUUAUACUUCAGCUUUCAAAGCAAUGCCAAUUCAAGUUCUUGCAAAUUCUUUCCAAAUCUCUACCCAAGAAGCCCAGAACCUCAAAUACAACAGGGAGCAUCAUACCAUGCUCUUACCUCCUAGAGCUGUUAGGUCUUCUUAGAUGAUGGAUCUUCUCCUCUAUAAUAUGUAGCAAGGAGAUUACGAGUUUUCUGUUUUCCUGAAAUAAAUGUAGUUGAUAGUAAUAAGAGUUGUAUGAGUUGGCUUGGAUCUCAAGCAAGUAAUUAUGAUGAGAAAA